CAGAAACCAAAGUUGCAGUCAAAUAAAUUGAAUAAAAAUGAAAACUUUUAUGAUUUUGUGCAUUGCUUUAAUAUGCUGUGUGUGUUUGGCUUUUGCUGCCCCAGUUGAAAACAGUCCCGGUGUGCAAUUUUUAAAAUACAAAGAUGACAACGACUUUGAAGAAAUUCAAAGACAAAUUAUCGCUCAAUAUGAACAUUUAGGUGGCUCAUCCCAAGUUCAUCAUGUACAAACUGCUUCAAUUGUUGAUCCCAAUACAUUGAAAAUUAAUAUUUAA